CCAAAACUCCUGCAAAAUCUUUCUUUUUACACACUCAUGGAUCCACUCAUUCAGAGCAAAAAAAUAGUUAUGUUUUUCAGAGUUUAAAAGGUCUAUUUUUAUAACCUUUUGGUUUUCUUGAGCUCUUGGGACAAAUCUUUCAUCUUCUCUUUCCAUGAAUUUCACCAUUUUUUAGGGAAAUGUUCCAUUGUUUAGUACUAGUUUUCUCAGAAAUGGCAGAAAAUUAGGCACUGGUUAUGUCUUCUUCUGCCUUAUAUAGCUUCUUAUGUGACCUUAAAUGGAGUUUUUUUGCCAUUUUUAGCAACAUUUAUGGUACCCACAAGAACUGUUAUCUCCAGUGUGUUCUCCUCUGUAGUCACCGUUCAGCUUGUUUUGGCCUCCAUUUUGUGAUCUGAGGAGAGUCCUCUCCAUGUUUUUGAAGAAAUGGAGGAAAGAAAGUACUGAUCCUUCAUUGUUCAGCUUGAUCUAGCUUCUUCCAUGAUCUUUCAAGGAAACCUAUCCAUUUUUAACUGAAAGCCACUGUAAUCCCAUGACUGAUCGUAUGGUGUUUUCUUUGCAUAGUUAGCAGAGUUUUUCAGCUUCUUCUUUGCUUGCUGUAAAGGGAAGAUCUUCCAUUGUUUUUCAGAGUUUCCACCUUGCUUUAGCUCCCUGUAAUAGUGACGACUUUCCAUUGUUUAGUAGAUUUUUCAGCUUGUUUUAGAAGUGAAGAUCUUUCAUUACUGAACAACUUAGUGAAACACUGCUUGUUAUAUAAAUAUUUGCUGUUAUUUUUUUUUUCAAGCUCAAAAUCAGAGAGAUAUAACUGAGAAAGUGGAAGUUAAGCAUUAUCAAGCUUGUUUGCUUUCACUUGGCUAAAACGAGGACUUUUUGGCUUCCGUUUUGUUUUUUUGAGUUGAAGAUCUUUUUUUUUUUGUGUGCGAAAAAAAAUGCUGAAUUUAAGUGGAAUUUAUGCAUUUUACUGCUUGUAUAUGCUCCAAUUGACUGCCCUCUUGUUGAGAUCUUUAUUCCUAUAUUAAGCAAAGCUUCCUUAGAGUUGCAGAAGAAGGUACUGGUUAUUGUGAUUUAGCUUGUUUCAAGUUCCAUUUUGUUGGUUUCAUGUAGGCAUCUAUGAAUAUGAGAACACUUUUCAUACUUAUUUAGCUACUUUCUUUUCCACUUUAUGCCUUAAGAUGCGGAUCUGUCCAUUUUUCACAACUUUUUCCUAUAUAUGUGAUCUCUAGAAUAAAGCAAAUAAAAAUUUCUUUCACUAUGCGAAAAGAUUUCCAGAAAAGGCAAAAAAAUUAGUAUUUCCUCUUUUCCCAUCGAGUAAUGUUCAGGUGAUUUCUUCAUCUUGAGACUGUGUCUUCAAAUAUGGCAAAAGAUAAGCACCAUUUGUACAUUCCCAUACUCUUCCAAAUUUCCAUUUUUCUUGUUGUCUUUCUUGUUCCUCCAUCCAAUGGUCAGUUGCAAACUUCUUAUAUUCAAUCACUUCUUCGAAUUAAGCGAAUCCUAGAGUACCCAUUGGCCUUGAACAAUUGGAACAGAUGGACAUACUUUUGCAACAUUCCACCCACUUCGAAUCUUACUGUUAUUUGCUCAAAUAGUCGAGUAACUGAAUUGCAUAUUGUUGGAGACAAAGGAUCACCAACUCUCCUCUCAAAAGGAAACCUUAAAUUUGCCUCUUCAAAUCAGUCAUUGUCAUCGGGUUUCUCCAUGGAUUCCCUUUUCACCACUCUUUCUAAGUUCUCGGAUCUGCAGGCUCUCUCCUUGGUGUCUUUGGGUUUAUGGGGAGAAAUACCCGGAAAAAUUGAUCGCCUUUCAAACCUUCAAGUACUCAACAUGAGCUCAAAUUUUCUAUAUGGGGGUAUACCUCAGGAAAUUUCAUCAAUCCCAAACCUUCAGACUCUGAUCCUCGAUGAUAACAUACUCAAUGAUAUUUUCCCCAACUGGGUAAAUUUGCCUUCGAACUUAUCUGUCCUGAGUUUGAGUGACAAUUCGAUUCAUGGGUUGAUUCCUUCUUCUUUAGGGACCUCAAAGGGCCUCAGGUUGUUAAAUCUAUCGAGAAAUAGUUUAUCAGGCAAUGUGCCUUAUCUUGGUGGUUUAUCUAAACUUGAAGUAUUGGACUUGGGAGAAAAUAAUCUCGGGCCUCAGUUUCCUUCUCUUGGGAAGAAUAUUGUCACUCUUGCCUUGAGAAAUAACACCUUUAGCGCUAACAUUCCCUCAGAGCUUGGGUCCUAUGCUCAGUUAAAAAGGCUAGACUUAUCUUUCAAUAAGCUUGUUGGGCCAAUUCUGGUGUCACUGUUUUCCCUGACUUCGAUUCAAUAUCUUAAUUUAGCUGGGAAUAAAUUGACAGGUUCCCUUGUCCAAAACCUAUCUUGCAACAAAGCCCUUGAGUAUUUGGACAUCUCUGAUAAUCUUUUGACUGGGAAAUUGCCUUCUUGCCUUGAAGCCAAAUUGACAAACAUGGUUUCUUUAUAUGGUGGAAAUUGCUUAGUGAACAGUGACCAGCAUCAACAUCCAUAUUCUUUUUGCCAAAAUGAAGCCUUGGCUGCCAUUAUGCCCCAUGUGCAAAAGAAGGAAUCAAAGAGCAAUUUGGCUCUCAUAUUGAGCAUACUUGGAGGAAUAGUUGGAGGACUGGUGAUGCUUAUUCUUUCAGUAUUGUUGAUUUUAAGAAGAAUGGGGGUAAACAAGGGAGAAAAUCUGGUAUCUCAGAAGACUGAGGCUGUGAAUUCUUCAAUGAGUCUUUCGCCAAGACUGACACCGAAUUCAAGGUCCAUGCCGCAGAUGGUGAGGUUGGGAACAAUUGGCCUUCCGCCUUUUCGCAAAUUUUCUUUGGAAGAGAUUGAAGAUGCAACAGAUAACUUUGACUCUUCAAAUUUAAUUGGAGAAGGGUCCCAGGGUCAGCUCUACAGAGGAAUGCUGCAUGAUGGCUCCAUGGUUCUCGUGAAAUGUUUGAAACUAAAGCAGCGACAAAGUCCUCAGUCCAUAAUGCAGAGGGUGGAACUGAUUUCAAAUCUCAGGCAUCGUCACCUGAUCAGCAUUCUUGGACACUGUUUUAUGUAUUAUCAGGAUUCUCCAGGCGUGAGUGGGGUUUUUCUAGUCUUUGAAUAUGUUUACAAUGGAACUCUAAGGAGCCAUAUCUCAGAGCGGAGAGAAGCGGAUACAUUAAAGUGGCCACAAAGGAUAGCUGCUGCAAUUGGUGUUGCCAGGGGCCUUCAAUUUUUGAAUACAGGAAUUACACCCGGCAUUUAUAGAAACAACCUGAAAAUUGAAGAUAUUCUAUUAGAUCAAAAUACGAUGACAAAAUUGUGUAGCUAUAAUUUGCCAAUUAUAGAAGAAAUUAUGGUGGCCAAGGUGGGUUCAGAAAGUUCUUUCAAGGGACAAAAGGAGUCAAUGGAUGUUGGCAGUCUGUGCAAUAUUUGCAGGGCCAAUGAUGGGGAUAAAGAAGAUGUUUACAACUUAGGCCAAAUUCUAGCUGAGAUUAUUGUGGGGAAACCCAUCAUAUCUCCGAGCGAAUUGGAGAAGUUGAGAAAUCAGCUACAAGCAAGCUUCACAGCGGAGCCCGGGGCUCUAAGAAGAGUGGCCGACCCAUCUAUCCGUUAUGCAUGUGCCACUGAAUCCUUAAAGACAGCCAUUGGCAUCACUUUGAAAUGUUUGUCGAAAGACAUUUCUUGCCGACCUUCAGUCGAUGAUGUCAUUUGGAAUUUACAGUAUGCAGCUCAAGUUCAGGAUGGAUGGUCAGGAAGCGCUCAAGUAAGCGGCGAGUUUUCGAUGAAAAAUUUGAGUGCUCAAGUUAGUGGAGAGUUUCCAAUGAAAAGUUGGAAUACUCAGGUUAGUGGGGAGUUUCAGGUGAAGAAUUAGCAGGCAAUGUUGAAUAUAAUUCCAUGUAUUUAUGAUGUUUGGUUACAAUGUAUGAAGGUGAUCAAAUUGGAUUAUCAAUGCAGUCAUAUUUAUUAAAAA